AAUAACUAUUACAUAACUAAUAUGGAAAUACUAGUAGGUCUCUGUAUUAUAUGCAGUACACCAGAAAUUUUUCACUUGUCCAGUUAAACUGAACAAAUUAACAGUACAGAAAUAUCUACUAGUCAAUAUUACAGUACACAGAACACUAUGAUGUCAAGAUCUAUUCUAUCGAAAAAUUCGAUAGUACCAUGUGGAAUACGUCAGUUUUCCCAAACCGUCGUUUCCCAAUCAAAUAUAGGGAAGAUGCCUAUUAAAAUUCCUAAUGAAGUCAAAGUUUCAACUGAAGAAAUUCCAUUAGAAUUCUGUAAAUCUUUUAAUAGAGGGAAACAAACAUAUGUUCUUGAUCGUCAAGUAGUAAUUAGAGGACCUUUAGGAGUUAUAAAGACUCCUAUUCCUCAAUUUCUUUCUAUUAAUGAAAAGCCAGCAGUUGAUGAAAAUGUAGGAACCAUUACCGUUAAAAUUAAAGAUUCAAAAGAUAAAGUUCAAAGAUCUAUGUGGGGGACUAUUAGAGCUACAUUACAAAAUCAUACAGUAGGAACUACUGAAGGUCAUUUAGCCAUUGUUAAAUUCGUUGGUACUGGGUAUAGAGCAAUUAUUGAAGAAGACCCUAAGGAUCCUUCUGGUAAAAUAGUAUCAUUAAAGCUUGGAUUAAAUUAUACUCCUAGAUUAAAAGUUCCAAAGGGAUUAACUGUAUCUUCACCAAGUCCUGCUAGAUUAGUCAUUGAAGGUAUUAAUAAACAACAAGUUAAAUUAUUUGCUGCGGUUAUCAGAGAAUAUAAAAAGCCAGAACCUUAUAAGGGUAAGGGAAUAUUUGUUGAUCAUGAAACUAUUAAAUUAAAGGAAAAGAAGAUCAAGUGAUUUAUUUAUAUAUGUAUUUGUUCCUUUCCUUACUUGUUCAUAUUACCUGUAUAUACUAUAAUGCAUUAAUAAAUUAAAAAAAGUAA